CGGCCUCUUUCUAUCACUGUCAAUGUCAUUCAACUUAAUGUCAUUUUGGGUGGGGAAUGCGGUGGACGUGCUGUUUUUCGUUUGCUAAAGACUAUGUCGUAAAAUGUUAGAAAAAUAUAUUCGUUUAUUUAUUUCUAGACGAACGAAUUAUGUGUUUUAUUUUGAAGUGUAUAUGUGCAAAUGAAGUGACGUGAUUAUACAAAUUUAAUAGAAAAGAAGAUAAAUACCUAAAUAUGGCGAAGUACUACAUUGCAGCAAUAUUGUUUCGAUUGGUACUGCCAGCAGGUCUGCUGCUGAGUAUAGCACUACGACCUUUUGGCCUAUCCUUGAUAUACCUGCUCCUCUACUUAUUAGCACCAUUACUCACGGUACCGGACACACAGACGUUCAGCGGAGGAUGCCGCAAUUAUCUCCUUCUGUGUUUGGUAGUAUCAUUCUUGUUGCUGUUAACGCACGCAGCAUGGCACAGUGUGCUUGCGGCAUUCGCGCCCUAUGGCUCUCUGCUCAAAGAUUUUCCUAUCAUCCAAAAGAUCGGCCACAACUUGGGUCUAGUCUCGUAUGCAGGAAUAGACCCGUCGAUGGCGGUGCACUACUUAGCACCAGAGCUCGUCAUGAGUGGAGUGUCUCUCUUGGUGUAUUUGUUAGUGAAGAAAUUAUUGACUAGCUCGGAAAACGGAAUCCACAAAAAGGAUUCGAAACAUCAACGAUAUCCUCUGCUCACUAGUGCUGGAAAGUACUUAUGCUUGUUUCUCAUAAUGUUCUCCGGUAUAAUGAGGCCAAGUGUUUCCUCCGGGAUAUACUUCUUGGUGUUCAUGGGAGCGGCGACGGCGUGGGCACUAGGCCGACCUCUGGAGAAGGGGUUUGCGGUCAUCAGUCGCUGCAUCAUGGCCAUUAUGGCGGUGCAUAUAGCUGUAUUAGUUGCUUAUCAGUGUUCAUGGCUCAUCGAAUUCUAUCCACCGGAAAUGGACUUUGCUAGAUAUUUCGGACUAACGAAAUUGGUUUCAAUCAACGAAACAACACCCACUUCUUUUACCUAUGAGGUGACAAAAGAUCAGUGGGCUACUGUAGCGAGUCCUUUAGUCAUUCUAUUCACCUAUUUCAUAUUGGCCAUCGAAACACGGGAAUUAUUCAAACCUAAGGUUGCAUAUUCAUACAUAAAUUCCAAAGCACUCCGUGGGGGCGCCAGUGAGACCACUCCUCUGAUAAAGAAUAUAAGUCCGAGCAAACGUAUGAGUAAGCGGUGGUCGAGCAUCCGCUCGGGGUCGCAAUCCAAGCAGCUACACCAAGAUUCCACUGGCUCCGUAGUUGUACCAGAUGAAGAAUCAAUGAUGGAAGAAGAAAACACCCUCAUGGAUGACAUUGUAGCUGCAAUCGUGGAUUUCUUCCAAGUUUUGAUCAGGUCAUCUUACAUCGCGACCACCAUAACUAUGAUGGCGUGGAGUAUAAUGUUCCACUCGUGGCUAACGUUCGUGUUCCUGAUGUGGGCGAACGUGGUGUGGCUGUGCCAGGACCAGCGCUCGUUCAUGCUCAAGACCAGUCCAAUCCUCGUUUGCUACGCGAUGCUGCUGUUGCUAACUCAGUACAUUUACGGCAUGAACUUGCUGGAGACAGAGCUGCCGUCUAAUAUUACGGAGGUGAAUUUACGCCAGAUAGGCGUGGGUAGAUCGGAGGGCGAGCCUUGCGUGCCACUAUUGAUCAAGUCGCUGUUCACAUGCAUGUUUUGGGUGACGCUCAGGCAGCGCGUACAAGAGAUCCGGCAGCGGCGCCAGUCCGCUGUCAUCACCGAUAUGGCUGCGCCCCUGCAGCUGACUGUCUCCGCGGCGGCCAGUGUGAUAGAAGCCCAACGCGAGGAAGAAAGUCGUUCCCGCCUUCUCCGUAUACUGGGCGAAUGGUUACGCGCCGCCUGCGCCCGCUACUGGAUCUAUGUGGUGGUCAUCAUGUUGUUCGUGAUCGGAGUCACCGGCGAUCGCAUGACCAUAUUCCGCAUCAUCUACAUGUUCCUGUUCCUCGUCUUCAUACUCAUGUUCCAGAUAAGUUAUCGUUGGUGGCGAAAGUUAAUGUACGUGUUUUGGAUCACCGUCAUUAUAUAUUCCAUGAUCAACCUUAUACUUAUUUACAUAUACCAGUUCGAUAACUUCGCCAAAACUAUAGAGACCUAUUUGUUGAUCAACGAAAGACUACAACAUGACUUAGGUUUAGAGCCAUAUCAUCCAGCGGAUUUGUUUGUAAAGUUGCUGACUCCAACGUUGUUUUUGAUUAUUACAAUUAUGCAAGUACAUUACUUCCAUAAGGACUUUAUGGCGCUCUCGGACUUAAGGACUAGAACAAAUACGGUAAAAGAUGCUGACUCGAGUCGACACAGUCAAGCGGGUGCUUCGACGAUAAAAGAUGACGUGCCUCCAUUAUCGCUUGAAGAGGAGCGGGCCGCGUCGCCGGAAGGAGAAGACAAAAGUUUGACCGAAGCGGACCAUUCCAUUGAAAUAUCUUCCAUGCAUACAGCAGCGAAACGAUCAAUACACAGAAAACCGUCUAGGUCGCGUUCUUACGCGCCCACGGUAACAGAGCGGCCGUCGACCGGCUUCCGCGAGGUGGCGAUGCGAGCGUUCGUAGUACUGCGACGCCGCGCCGGCGAGUUCGCCGACAAAAUGUUCAUCUACCUCGACAUACACCUCGUCAAGAUCAUAUUCGUGGCGCUCAUGCUGUUAUGCUUGCUCAAUGUAUGCGCGAUGCACGUGCCCAUAAUGGUGAUAAUAGCGCCGGCGUUGUGGCUGAGCUCGCGUCGCCAACGAAUCUGCAUCCUCUUCAUAUCCAUCCUCAUCAGUAUAUACCUGAUGGCGAAGAUGGUCUACCAGAUAGACUACAUCAAGCACUCCACUUUUGACAUUCAAUGCGAUGCUCAAGAUAACGGUAACAACACCGGUAAUUUAACGACAUACAAUAACGCGGACUGGUUGGGAUUCCACAAGGCUACCAAGAAGCGACCACUGGUUGUGUUACUGGAAGGUUACAUCGCACUCAUAGCACUGUUCACCUUCUACUCCUUGGUCACAUAUAGGCAACAGAAUUUAAGAGAGUUAGGACAAAACGUUAAAGACAAAGAUAAAAUAAUGUUCCCAGACAUCACACGAAAAGAAGCUGAUGUGGAUCUAGUGCACUGCAUUAAAUAUUUUACGAAUUACGGGUUUUAUAAAUUCGGUGUUGAGAUAACCCUGAUUUGUUUGAUCGGCGUGAUCGGGUCUCGCAUGGAUCUUUACGCCGUAGUGUACUCUGGAUGGUUAUUAGCACUGGUGUCAGUUAGACGGGCGCGUCAGGCCCGCAUCUGGCCCGCUUUCACAGCGUGCAUCACAGCGCUGCUGCCGCUGCAGUAUAUGCUAGCCGUUGGCAUUUUGCCGCAGCUGUGCGUAAGCUACCCCUGGUCCGGGGACGAUCAGCAAAUAAAACAUGUGCGCACAUGGUUGUUUCUGCCGUAUCUCGACGAGCCGCCGCACGCGUUGAAGUUGGUGUUCGAUUAUUUCCUCCUGUUGUUUGCGACGCGACAACUGCGCGUGUUCCGCAUAGAGAGAACGUACGGUGAUAAUUAUGCGGGCGGAUCGAACAGUGAGGACAUAGGCAAAGAUUGGGAAACGCCCAAUUUCGUCAAUCCAGUGCCCGAUUUCUUGAGCUACGUUGGGACAUGGCUGGAUGUUGUAAAGCGCGUAGUAUUCUUGGGAAUGCUUUGGGUAUCUCUAGCCAUAAUGUUUAUGACGGGAACUAACCGCGUGAAUCUGUUCUCCAUGGGCUAUCUGAUAGGCUCUUUCAUAUUUCUGUGGCAAGGAACCGAUUUCUACCUACGACCGAAGGAAGCUAUUUUACAAUGGUGGACGUGGCUAGUACGCUACAACGUGUCAGUGGUGGUGGUGAAAGCACUCCUGCAGAUCCCGGGCUGCAUGUUCAGCUCGCUGAUGCAGGAGCACGCGUGCUGGAUAGUGCAGCUGCUCGGCAUCGGCUGCGUGGAUAAGUUCGCUGGCGGGAACAUAGCGAGGUUUAUCCGCAUGCAGUAUGUCAAGGAAGCUGCCUGUUCAGUACCGCAAGAAGACAUCGGGCUUGCAUGGGACGGGGUCUGCUUUGCUUUUCUCAUCUUACAACGGAGACUGUUCUACAGUUAUUACUUUUAUAGGGUCAUAGAUGAGAGCAAAGCAACUACCGUCUUAGCGUCUCGAGGAGCUGAACUUAUUGAGGAGCUUCGCCUAAAGCAAAUGCAAAUACAAGAGGAACAAGAGAUUAAGAUAUUAGAAAAGAUUAAGGUGAAAAUGGAGAGAAUAAAAGCUAACCAGAAGAAAAUACAAGGUGCUAUGGUUAAGCCGCAUCAUCAUGACACCGGAAUUCCCGCGAUAGGACAGCAGGUCUACACGAAGAGACACGAAGCGGUGCGUUCCGGAGACUACUACAUGUUUGACGAGUUCGAUGACACUGACGUGCAUCUCAAAGAUGACGAGUCGAGUUCCGAUGAGGACGCGCCUAAGGAAAUGGGCUUUGGCAAGUCGCAACAUAGAAGAUCUCAAGCGGAUAUCACUCAAGAGGGCGAUGUUAACGUCGCAUUGUCAGAGAAGGACCGAGACGCGGCUGUAUCCGAGUUAGAUGACAUUGCUCCAGUACCUGAACAAGAAACACUAGUUGACAAGAUAAAACGUUUCUGGGACAUCGCUUGGGCGCUGAUCUCCAGUCUUCUGGUAUCGCUGACGCGUCAUCUCAUGAAGUACUCGCGGGAUUACAGAUACGUUUCACGGACUCUCUCCGUCGAGAAGAAGAUACUUAAGGAGAAGGAAGGUUUCGGCAUUGGCAUAAGAGAAGGCUCGGAAAUGAUAUGGGAACCGCUGCCUGAAUCACUCGUGCAACGCAAAGACGUGACAAUUCUGGAGGAGCAAGACGACUCGAUGUUCAGACAGGACAAGUCACCCUUCGUGCAUCUAGCGUACGCGCUCUGGUAUGCUGUACUAGCGCACACGGACGUCGUAUGCUACCUGAUGGUGUUCAUAAACCAGAUCCAAUCGGCAACUAUUCUGUCAAUACCUUUACCCCUUAUGGUGUUCCUAUGGGGGACCCUCACAAUACCACGGCCUACAAAAACCUUCUGGGUAACACUCAUUGCAUACACCGAGGUCAUAGUACUAAUAAAGAGCAUGUUCCAAUUUGAGAUACUGCCUUGGAACCAGGCAGCUGUACCUGAAAACAUGCCUUUCGCGGCGCCUCGUAUCAUUGGCAUAGAGAGGAAAUACAACUACGCACUUUACGACUUGUUGUUACUGCUCAUCAUUUUCUUCCAUAGGUUCAUGCUGAAAUCGCUCGGCUUAUGGAAGGAGUCGUCGCCAGAGAUCGAACUCCACGAAGACACGGAAUACCCGCUGAGUCCCGAAGACACCCAGCUCGUGAUCGAAGGCCGAACUGAAGAAGUUGGCCGCAAGUACGUGCAGCUGCACGACCGCACCGGACCACAAAAGAAGGUCGAUGAAAAUGGUGCUGUGAGUUUGCCACAAGAGGCCGCUGAUAAGUCUGAUCGUGAGCAGUAUGAUUAUACGCAAGAGGCGGGGCCAUCCAAGGCAGACGACGCCGAUUACAAGUUCAAUGACGACCAAGAGCCUAUGAUUGCUGUGACAACGACCUUGGAGAACCCUUAUGGUCACUAUCCUCAAGUUAUAAUGUUAUCCGUAAAGCGCUACUUGCGGCCGAUGCAGCGGUUUGUCAAGCGGAUGUUAGCGCCGGGCGCCCGCGUCACCGCCGACGUGUACGCCUACAUGUUCCUCUGCGACUUCUUCAACUUUCUAGUCGUCAUAUUUGGAUUCGCAGCCUUUGGGACGCACCAAGGCGACGGCGGCGUUCAAGCCUACUUGGAAGAAAACAAAGUGCCGAUCCCGUUCCUUAUUAUGUUGAUACUCCAAUUCGCGCUCAUUGUGAUCGAUCGAGCGCUAUACUUGCGCAAAUUCAUGCUCGGCAAGAUACUAUUCCAAUACGCGCUGAUCAUAGGCGUGCACAUAUGGAUGUUCUUCGUGCUACCAUUUAUUACUGAAAGAACGUUCAACACUCUACCUCCGCCGCCCAUGUGGUACAUGGUGAAGUGCAUCUACUUACUGCUGUCCGCGUACCAGAUACGCUGCGGGUACCCGCGCCGCAUCAUCGGCAACUUCCUGUGCAAGUCCUACCGCUUCCUCAACAUGGUGUUCUUUAGAGGUUUCAUGGCUGUACCAUUCCUCUUCGAACUACGCACUCUCAUGGACUGGAUUUGGACUGACACCUCGAUGACCCUAAUGGACUGGCUUAAAAUGGAAGAUAUAUUCGCGAGCGUCUUCUUACUAAAGUGCUCCCGUUAUGUGGAGGACGAGUUUCCCCAACCGCGUGGUGUCAAGAAGUCGAGCACUAGCAAAUAUCUACUGGGUGGCGGAGUGCUAGCGUUCGUCAUAGCAAUCAUAUGGUUCCCGCUUGUGUUCUUCGCGUUCGGCAAUACGGUGGGUGAACCCAAUCCGCCCACUGAUGUAACAGUGAAAAUUCGCAUCGGACCUUUCCUUCCCGUCUAUCAGAUGUCGGCGCAAUCGCAUAACAUUGAUCUGUUCACCGAGCAAGAUUACACACAAUUAAUCAAUAUGUACGGUCGCGAUCGCACGGCGCAGACUUUCCUCUCUAACUACAUAUACAACGAUGUGGCGGUCAUCACCAUCAACCCCAACUCCACCAUGAACUGGGAGAUAUCACCGCCCGAACUCGACAGGCUCGAAAGGGAGGCUAUCUCUGAUCAACCGCUUCUAGUGAAGUUUACUUACGUGAUAACGCAUCCGACGAACGCGGUGCCCAAUCCACCGACAAUAGAGGACCAUCGAGAAGUGUCCAUAGAAGCCAAGGUGGAUGGUAAACCUAAUCCGGAGAGAGAAACUCUACUGAAACUGCUCGCUGGUACAGCACCGCCUGAUACUUGGUUGAACGUGCGCAUGCUCUUUCCGAAGUUCGUGAAGGUUUUCAACAAGGGCACCGCUAAACCAGCUUACCAAUUAAUGCCCCAGUUAAUACCUGAUGGAGGCCCGGACAGCCGAUUGUACCGAGACGUACAAUUGAGAUUGGAGCGCGACGGCGACACCAAAUACUGGCGUGUACGAGAAUCGUGUUCGCCAAAGGACCCUUUGGAGCAGAUUCCAAUGAAUAGUUGCAAUAUGCUGAUAAUGUACACGUUCAACGACAAACUAUUUCCGGAGACUCUCAACUUUAUAUCUGGAAGUGGAAUCAUCGGGCUGUACACAACGUUUGUGUUCCUGGCGUCACGCGUGUUGCGAGGCUUCUUCUCCGGGAUUUACACCAAGAUCAUGUUCGAUGACUUGCCCAAUGUGGACCGAGUACUUCAACUGUGCCUCGACAUUUACCUGGUACGCGAGGCUCUUGAACUGGCAUUAGAGGAAGACUUAUUCGCGAAAUUGGUGUUCCUAUAUAGGUCUCCCGAAACUAUGAUAAAAUGGAGUAGAGCGAAAGAAGAAAACGAAGAUCAAAGGGCACUGCCACCGUCGCGCUGAAAUAAUUGAAAUUUUAAACUCAAAAUGAUGAAUAUGUUCCUUAAAAUAUAGCCUCGAGCCUUUUUUUGAACAAGAAUUGAAUUCAAAAAAUGCCCAUAAACGAAACGAGACGAACGAAAUAAAAAAUGCACUCAAAAGUACAAGCUAGUCGAGCCUUCGGUUUGUUAACCAAAAAUUAACGUCCUCCUUAGUCAUGAAUAACUGCAUAUUUAACAUCGUAUUAUGUACUGGCAGAUUUAUUAGAUAAGUAAGUUGUACAGAUAUUAUUUUAAGAAUAACUGCGACACUAUAUUUAUUAAAUUUGCAAAUUGAAAUUGGGAUAUAACAACUUAAUGUUAGAAUACACUUUCAGAAGGUAGCGCACAAUUUAUGGGUUGUUUGGAUUAUGUGCUUUUGUAUUUUGUUUGUAUAUUGAGUGAAAUGAAUCAUGUGAAGAGUAAAUCAAUUUGAUACUCUAGCAAAUAUACUCUUGUCUUAGCUUAUAUAAACACUUUCUAAAUUCCUCGAAUUCUAAGGUGAACAAUGUACCAGCCGUAACCGCGAGUGCUAACGACUGCAGAUGCAACCGGGACCAACGGCUAAUGUGCCUUCCGAAGCACGGAGGAACUCGAGAUAGAGGAUUCUUGGUCACCCAUCCAAUGACCGACCACUGCGAAAGUUGCUUAACUUCAAUGAUCGCAGCCGAACGCGCUAACCAUCUGCGCCAUCGAGCUCCUCCUUUAUGCCUAUGCAAAGUAACAUCCACCGAGCAAGUAAUCUAUAGUAACAUCCGCGCGUUACCAUCGCCGUCCACCGCAGUUCGCCGCUAGUGCAUUGUUCACCUAAUGGAACUAAAUUAUAAGUAAAUGUAUUGCGAGUGAUUAUUGUAAUUACCAGCACGCUCUCUUAUUGAUCAGUUAGAUCUGCUGUAAGGCUCUUAAAUAGGUAGUUUAGUUACGUUAGAAAUAUCCUAAAAAUGAUUUAUGAAAAUUAAAUUCGUUUUACAAAAUAAAAUCAAAUUUUAGUUAAUUUUAAUUUAAGUGCUUAAUGAAAGAUUAUAUUGUUAGAAAAUUGAUGAAUGUCAUUUGUAAAGAAAUGGAAAAUGAUAACUGUUGUAAACUUGUUGAAACCAUAUUCAUCAAGGUUUUACUUAAAUCUACUACCUAUGCUUAAUUUAUUUUUGUUAUCACAACAUAUUUUCAAGUUACUCACUUCCAUAUUUUAUUGAAUGUUGCACUUUGUAUACUUUUAUAUUACAUUGAACAUUUCCAUUAAAUAUUCAAUAAAAUAUACCUCAGUCUUGAAUUGCAUUUGAUAAAGGUAUUUAUAAAUUAUGAAGUAAGUUAUACACUUUUGUAUCAUUGUUAUGUUUUAAGCUGCAUUUAUAUGUUGUCAAUUUGUGAUAAUAAAAGUCAUAUGAAGUUAAUAUGUGUUUUAUUGUUUUGAAAAGAUUCACAAAUAUAUAAUAUCUUACAUAAUACUAAAAACAAAGAACUUAACUAACUACCAUAAGCCUUGGUGCAAUGUUCAUAGACAUUAACUCUUGGAAUAGCAAUUUGGCAGCAUAUGGUAGUCGGAUUUGAGAUAUUUGAGUUUUAUUCUUACAGCCUUUACAUUCAAAUGUAUUAUUUCUCAGAUUGGCAAUAGCUAUCAAGCCACAGAAAUUACAAACAUGUAUUCUGUAUGGGUCUGAUACUUCAAACAGUCUCUCUCUCAAAAACUGGGCAGCUCCAUGAGCAAUUUGACAAUCUCGUUCCAUUUCACCAAAACGUAAUCCACCAUCUCUGGCCCUACCUUCCAUGGGUUGGCGAACCAGAAUCUGCACUGGUCCUCUUGCUCUGGAGUGAAUUUUGUCAUCCACCAUAUGUUUCAGACGUUGAUAAUAUGUGGGACCCAGAAAAACUUGAGCAUUUAUUUUUCGUCCAGUAUGCCCAUUAUACAUCACUUCAUUACCACGUAAAUGGUAGCCAUAUUCUUGUAAAAGUGAGGAGAUUUUCUGCACAUUUACUGCAUCGUUAAAUGGUGUAGCAUCACCUAUUUCACCUUUAUUUGAGGAGACCUUACCUUGAAUACAUUCAAUCAAGUGACCAAUUGUCAUACGAGAGGGGAUAGCAUGUGGAUUGAUGAUAAUAUCUGGUGUCAAUCCUUCACAAGUGAAAGGCAUAUCUUCUUGCCUAUAUUGAAUACCACAAGUCCCUUUUUGACCAUGACGAGAAGCAAAUUUGUCUCCAAUUUGUGGGAUUCUCACAGAUCUCACACGUAUUUUACAAAAUUUGUAUCCUUCGCUGUUAAGUGUAAGCAUAACUUGGUCAACAAUACCAGUUUCACUGUUUCGCAAGAAUGUAGAGGCAUCUCUCUUACUGUAUCGUCUUGAUGUUCCUUCCAGCUCAUCAUCGUUUUCUGGCAAAGUUAUAGUUUUUCCAAUGACUACAUCGUCACCAGAUACACGAAUCCCUGGUGCAAUUAUACCAUCAUCAUCCAAUUUGUCAUACAAAGCAUUUCUCAUUCCUUGACAUGUUUGUCUUGUUGGUUUCUCAAAUUGUUCUUCCUGGUCUCCAAUUCUUUUAGACUCUGAGUCUUUAUAAGAACGGUAAAACACAGAUCUGAAAAAUCCUCUCUCAACAGCUGAAGCAUUUAAAAUGACACUGUCUUCUUGAUUGUAUCCAGUGUAACAUAAAAUAGCAACAAUGGAAUUAAUGCCAGCAGGCAAUUCUCUGAAUCGUAAAUAUUCCAUUGAACGGGUAGUUACAAGUGGCUUAUGUGGAUAGUACAGCACAUGAGCCAGGGUGUCCAUUCUUACAUGGAAGUUAGUGAUAUAAACUCCCAUGGCUUGUUUACCCAUAGCACUCUGGUAAGUAUUUCUGGGACUUUGAUUGUGAUCAGGGAAAGGAAUAAUGGAAGCACAAACACCCAAUAUCAUAGCAGGAUGAAUUUCACAAUGUGUGUAAGUAGUGCAAUAAGCAUACUCUUUUACUUGAGCUAAAUCAUCAGGACUCAUGGCAAUCAUCACAGUCUCUUCUUCUAAAGUAUCAAUAUAUUCAACAACUCCACUUGCCACCAAAUUUUGCCAACCAUAGUUAUUAUAAUCUCUUUCUUUUAAAUUAUCAAUAUGUUUCUUUUUUAAUAAUAAAGCCCCAUUUUCAACAAUCAAUAAUGGGCGACAAAUACGACCAGCAUCUGUGUAAAUCCUGAUUUCUCUAUCUCUAAUGUCACGAAUCAUGCUUACUUCUGACACAAUGAUGUCCAUCUGGCGUCUCAGUUUACGUAAGGUUGCCAUCAACUGUUCAGGAUCACGAUGAAUACCCACCCAACAUCCAUUCACAAAUAUUUUUGUGGCAUCCGCAAUAGCAGAAGGUGCUAUUUCUUCCAGAUUUUCCAUAGACCAUUCUUCUAAGAACUCUAAAAUAGGUGAAGGUUGACUUCCAACAGAUAUAUAAGCCAUCAGAGCCAAAUUUUUUACAAGACCUACAGCAGCACCUUCCGGCGUCUCAGCUGGACAGAUCAUUCCCCACAGUGUAUUGUGCAACUGACGUGGCUUAGCUAGUUUUCCAUCACGUCCAAUAGGAGAGUUGACACGGCGUAAAUGUGACAGGGUUGAAGCAAAUGUCAAUCUAUUCAAUACCUGCGAUACACCAGCUCUUGCUUGAUGAGCUUUCUUUUGGUCACCCCAAUUGCCUGUAGCAAGGGAAUACCUUAGGCCAUCUGUAAUUAUUUUAGUUUUUAUAGCUAAUUCUAAGUUAAAAUCUUUUCCUCUGUCAAUGAACUUUUGUGCAUACAUUCUCACUUCCUUCAGUAGGUUCUUAAACAGCCCUCUAAACAGGAAAGCUAAUAGAGGUCCUGCCAAGUCAAGUCUCUUGUUACCAUAAUGAUCUCUGUCAUCUAAUUCACGGCGUCCUAAUGCAGCAAGUAGUAAUCUGUGCACCAUAUAUCCCAAAAAGUAGGUCUUCUUAGUCUCACAAAAGUCAGAUACACCAACAUGUGGCAGCAUUUCUUUUUGUAAAAUUUCUCUUGCAUAUUUAAUACGCUUCUCCUUAGUGACACCAGGUCGUGCCCCACGGGCUCCAAUAAAAUUAAGAGCUACAUUUUGCUCUUGGAUAACAAAAGCUUCAUCAAGAGAUGGUUUGACCAUCUCCAUCAUUUCUGGAUCAUCAAAGUCAUAGAUAAUAUGUUCCAAAAUAUCUCUAUCUGCUACAAAACCAAGAGCUCUAAAAACAAUCAUAAUUGGUAUUUCUUGUUUGAUGUAUGGAACAAUAGCAAUAAUUCUCUGACCAAUAGCAGACUUCUUGAUACUCUGCCCUCCUCUUGCCAUCAUGUUGACCCACAAUGUUGAAGUAGGUCUAGAACUAUGUUCCAAACAAGAUCUUAUUUCAGUUUUAUAUGCAUAUUUUCCAUCUUUCAUACUAAAUACAUAUACAGUAUUUGUUGCCAUCUUUUCUUGGGCAAUUAGUACUUUUUCGGAGCCAUUGAUGAUAAAGUAACCACCAGGAUCCAAGGGGCAUUCAUUUAAUUCUGUCAAAUCUCUGUCAGUUAAAUUGCUGAGCAGACAAUAAGUAGAACGCAGCAUAAUGGGGAUUUUUCCAAUAAAAGUUUUUUGAUGUUGGGUUUCAAUGGGAUCUUCAUUUUCUUUGACAAUUGUCUUUGUUAUAUCGACAUAAAGGGGUGCUGAAUAAGUCAAAUUGCGUAAACGUGCUUCAUUUGGCAUCAUAGGUGAUGGCGCACCAUCUUUUUCCCAGUGGGUCGGCUUAGACAAGUAUAUUUGAUCAAAUUUUAGUAAAUAUCGUGGUGGGGUUUCUAUUUCACCAGAUGAAUGCUGAGCUUCAGCUUGAAGCUCUAUAGGCGGAGAGUCUUCGACUAUCCGCUGCACAGACAUCUGAAUGAAUUCAUCGAAACUAUCUAGCUGCUGUCGCACCAAGCCUUUCUCAUCGAAGUAAGCGUUGAUGACAAUCCAACAAGCUUCUUGCCACAGCUCUGAAGAUAUUUCCUCGAUAUCUUCUUCUUCAUAUUGGUCAUCUUCGUUGUCAUACAUAUUAAAUGUUUAGUGUAGUUAUAGGGUCUAAAACACUGUUUUUUUCAUGAAAUUUAUUUGUAAAUGUAUCACGGAUCAGCUAAGCAAUCCACAAUUUACAAAUGGCGGAUUGCAUUGCCCCACAGACUAGUUAGAGAUACUACGUAUCAUUGCCUACAGUAGCCCAC